UCUUAUCGAUUCGAAGAAGAUAACUGAAAACAAUUUUCCUUUUUUAAAAAUGUACUCAAAUCACAAAAUAGUCGGUGAUGUUGUUAUAACGUUUAAUUCGAAAGAAUUAUUUCGACCAACAGUUCCAAUUGGUGCUAAAGUAUCAGUUCACUCGAAGGAUGAGAUAAUAAAUCCUUUCAUUGAUGGUUUUCUUGUUCGGCCAGGAAAUCGUUACAUCGUCCAAUUGAAAGUGAUAGAAGAAGACCUACUUACAAAUCCUUAUAGCACAAAUUGCUCUUAUUACGAGCAAUCUAAAGAAAAAUCUUUUGAUGAAUUAUAUACACGUCAGCGCUGCAUACUCAAUUGUCAGAAGGAGAAAUGGUUGGAAAGUUGUGGGUGCAUCUCGGGAGAUUAUCCUUUCGAAACUGAUGGGAUAUUUUGUUCAGAACACAAGUUAAGGUGUAUUCAUGAAACACUUGGACCAGCUUUUUGGACUGUACAAACGAGUCGAAAUCCAAUUGAGAGUACUUCUCGAUUUACUUCAUUUGGAGUUAAUAAUGGUACUCAGUAUUAUCUUCUAUUAAGAGACAAAUGA